UUUUGAUUUGGACAGAAUGUAAACAAUCAAAAUGGCAGCUCAGGCUAAUGUCCGCAGCUGCCGAAGCUGGCUUCGGCUAAAAUUUGCUGUUUUCCUGUUCAUUCUGCAGAAUGUAGUCCAUGUAAAAGGUUUUAUGGACAUGGAAGAGCUAAAAUCUGUAUAUUAUGGUUUGGACAUAUUGAGCGAACCUGUUGUCAUACAAAAGGAUGCACCUGUUGGAGCAGUUCAUGUGAUGUCCAAGUAUGGCCAACAGUACCAGUGCACUUUUCCAGACCACUCAAUUGAGGAAAAGAAAAAGGAAGAGGAGGAAAAGAUUGCCAUAGAGUCUGGUAUUGUGGAGAUGCUGAAGCCCCUAGGAUUAAAGGAUUGCCUCUUCAAGUCAAAAGACUGGUGGAGUUACGAGUUUUGCUAUGGCAAGUUCAUCCGCCAGUUUCACAUGGAAGAUGGGGAGAUUAAAGGCAACAUCAUCUACCUGGGCAACUAUGCCGAAGACUUUGACUGGAAUAAUGAGACUGCGAGGGAAGAAAGGCUCCGCAGCAAGGCCUCCAUCAGCCGCUACCACUCUCAGACCUACACUCUGGGGACCAAGUGUGAUCUGACCGGCCAGCCACGAAGGGCAGAAGUCAGGUUCAUGUGUGAGGAGAAUUCUGAAGAUUAUCUGGCUCGUGUGGAUGAGGCAGAGACGUGUGUGUACACAGUGACCAUAAUGACCUCACGCAUCUGUCGUCACCCGUACCUUAAGGCCCCGGCACGUCGGAAACCUGUGGCCAUCACCUGCAACCCCUUACUGACCGAGAUCCAGUUCCAUGACUACAUGGAGGAGAAGGCUGAACGGCAGCGUAAAGAACAGCUCAUCCUUGCAGCAGCUAAACAGCGCUAUGGGAGCAAAGCAACACUGUCUCCUACAAACCUGGACAAAACCCUGGAGCAAGAAAUGUCGAGAGUUGCUAAAGAGCUUCUGACUCAGCCCAUAGAUAAACUGUUCCCCAUCCAGCAGCGGAAGGUCAUGGCCAAGGAGGAAUUUGUGAAAACUUUUGGAGAGAAUGAAGACCUUUGGACGCUGUACCUGCGAGGUGUUGAGGUCAACAAAAAGAGGCAGGAGGAGAUACAGCGGAGACUAGAAGGAGUUCACCAGCGGAUGAAGGAGAAACGGGAGGAGCUGAGUUCCCAGGAAAAAGAGGAGGAAGAGACUGCAGAAGAAGCGAAGGACGGAAAAGAGAAAGACAAUGAGGAGAAAACGAAGAAAGAGGAUGGUGAGACGGAGGAUACAUUACAAGAAGUGCAAGAUGAAGAUGACGAGCUGUUAGCUGAAUUUGACGCAGAGAUCAAUGCCAUCAAAGCUCGCUUCCACCAGUCUCUGGGCAAACUGUCCUCCAUGCAGCAGAAGCUGAACCUACAGAGAAACUGGGAGUCCGAAAUUGAGAAUGUAAUUAAAGAGGCUGAGUCGGAACUUGGGGUCAAGGUUGACCGGACGCUCAUCUCCGGCCUGUCCAACACACUGGACAAACUGGUCAACAAGCUGCAUGAUACCCAGACCCAAUUGUCAACCAUGGAUAAUGAACUAGAAAAGCUGUACAAAAAAGGAAAGAAGAAAGCAGAAGAAGGUGAAGAUGAAGAGGACAAAGAAGGCGAAUCACAGGCCUCUGAUGAUAUGGCUGAGGAAGAUGUUGGCGGUGGCUCGAAAGCAUCUACUCAUGACCUCGGAAUGGAAGACCCUGAGUCAGAACUGGAUGGUCAAGAGUUUGAAUCUGACUUGGAAAGCAAGAUUCUGCCUCCUCCAAAAGCUGGCCCUGGCCUGACUGCAAUUGGUGGAGGAGUGGGCGGGGAUCAUGCAGCUAACGCCCGACCGGGCACUGCUGGCAGAGAGAACCCGGCAGCUUCCCAGUCCGCUGGUCUACAGGAUCCCACAGCACAAGGUGGAGAUGAGCUUCCUGGAGGUGUGGAGGAUGAUGGUUUGCUGGCAGAUGAUGGAGGGGCUGUGGGAGGAGGAGGAGGAGGAGGAGGAGGGGAGGAGGCAGGGGCAGAGGAACCUGUGCUGAAGAUAACUAUCUCAUCUACGAAACGAGAGGAUGAAGAGGAGGAGGACUUGGAGCUUCCUGGCAAUGUUCAGAAGCUACUGGAGGAGAGCGUGAGGAAAGAAUACGAGAGGCAUCGAACACAAUCAGAUUCACAGCCUUUAAGUUUUGAUGCCGAUCACUCCUUCCACAAAGAUAAAACCGUUCAUGUGAUUCAGCAGGAAGAUGAGAAUGGAAAAACAAACAGAUUUAUUUUUGUCGUUGGAUUUGACACAUUCAAUGACGAGUCGAGUGAAUCAAUGAAACAGAAUCAGCUGGAGGAAAAUUACGGCUUCGUCUAUGGGGAAAAGAAACAGAAAAAAUCUCCGCCAGGCAGCUGAUAGUGCUAUGGUAGCACUGUGUAGACUGUGUUACUAUAGCACCGGUUAGACUGUGCUAUGAUGGUAUUGUUUAGACCGUGCUAUGGUAGCACUCUUUAGAUUGUGCUAUGUUUUGGGGAUGGGAUGGGACGCGAAAGUUCAGAAUAGCCCUCUAGUCAUAUGUAAUUUCGAUUGCAUACAUACUUGCACGAUCCUUGCCAUUGUUUACAUCACUCUUUGAGUCAUGUGUACAAUGGAUCAGUGGAAUGUGGCUAUUCUUUACUUUUGCGAAAAAAUAAAAAAUCUUUGACAUUCUUCAAUUCCAUGUGGUGAUAUGUGGUAAUGGUGUUGUUAUAUUUAUUUGAGUGACUGGCUCUGUUACAUUGCUGAUUAUGUUGUAGUUUGAAUGAGGUGUGCAUUUUGCUAUCUCAGAUUUGGUGCGUGUUGCUGAGACAACGACUCACAAAGAAAUAAGUCUUUGCAGGAGAGACAUUCAUUUUGGUACUCUAAAUUUGUACUUGUGUGGGAUCCAGCACUAUGUGAAUGCAAUCGUCUAUUGUUAUUAUUUUUAUUACAGUUAUUAUGAUUAUGACUAUGAUUAUGAUUAUUUUAUUAUUUGUUGAUGUGCUUGUUACUGAAAUCAAUAUCUCUCCAUUUGAAUAUUGUCGGCCAGCUGUUCAGAUGUCAUCAUCUGCCUCUUUCGCCCAGGUAUUGGGUAUAGGGAAGAAAGAAAGUUUCUCCACCUGUCUCUGUUCUAGGUGAUCUUCUUUACCUUCUGUCAGCUGUGCUUCAUAUGCCUGAGAUCUGGGCGUGCCCAAUCCCCGGCCAUGUUCUUUGGAUCUCCCUGUCUAUCAAUCGGUUGUUGUUUUGUUUUCCUCCAUAGAAUUAUAUAUUUCUGAUAGAGUUGGAUCAGUGGAUUUUUAUGAUCUUUCUCAGACAACCAUUGAUGAAGGACUGAAAUUGUUUACAAUCUGCUUUGAUAGUUUUCGUGUUUCGGAUGGAAAAUCCUGAUCUUUGCACUUGUCCUGUUGCUUCCUGAUCUCCAGACAGACUGUAAUUGUUAGAAAUCUCCCGUUGCUUUUCAGAUCCUGGUUUUAUACAGCAGACGUUGUUUAUUCAAGAUAAAUGGAUAUUUAUUUCAUUGGAAGCUAGGUAAAUAAAUCAGCUUUCAGAUGAUACCAGUAACUCCACAUGCCCAAAAAUUGACGAGUGCCUGAUUUUACCGCGUUGAGACACAUUUUUAAAAGACUGAAACAGUUUAUUUUUCUCUCCUGAAAAACUUUCCUUUCUGGGCACGAAACAAUUGAACAGUUUGCCGACGCUUGAGCUUAGACUUAGAGGAGGCUAAAUGUGGGGGAUGUCUUUUAAAAAAAUUUCAGUAACAUAUGCUUUUUUGCAUCUAGUAUUACAACAUAUAUACAGUUGAUUGGUUGUUGAUAGUAUCAGAUAUAAGGUGAGCUUAGCUUAAGUGUUAUUGGGGGUGAGGAAGAGCUGUGUGAAGAUGAUGAUUGUUAAGCAAAUGCCAAGGCUCUUUUUUAUUCCUUCAAGUUCAAGAUGGCAAAUGCAGAAAGUUUUUCUGAUGUAAAUCAACCCACACCCCCCUCCCGUCCCUCACACCCUGCAGUUUUGUGACAUUCUUGAGACCCUCAUGGAAAGGGUUUCAAAUAUCUACCCAUUGUCACACCCCUUUUAUGUUCAUGUACAUCUUGUAAUGUUUUGAAACGCACAUAUUAUUAUUUUACCAGCACUGUGGAGGAGAAUUUAGUGCACUUCAUAUUCCACAAGAAUCUGGUAUUUGUUUCAAUUUCAAGGCAUUGGCACUCAUAUGACCUUAUGCAGUUGCGAGCGCAGUAACUUCUACUAUAAAAAGAAAGAAAGAAAAUUUUUUUAGGGUGCACCUUAUAAUUUGGUGUGCAAUUUUAGCAACAUAUUAAAUUGCGGGUCAAAUUUGAAUGGAAGUGUAAAGAGUUAUGAUUUUUUUUCCUUUCCACUUUGUCUCUUUGCCAAUUUAUUAUGUCAAACUUAUGAUGUCCGUGAUGUGAAGAAAGUUGUUGUCUUUGAACACAACUGUGGCCUUGAGUGGUAUCGUACUGUUUAGUUUAAUUUUCUGGCUUUGUUUUCAGGAGAUGUUUUUAAUCCAACAAAGAGGAGAAAUAUUUGUAAUGAGCAAAAGGGAAUUAGGUGUUAAUUGCAAGGAAUAUCUCCAAGAUGUUCCCCCAAAAAUUUACUACAUUUUUUAAAGCAGACUUUUUUUUUGUUUGCUUGUUGUGGGACAAUGCUUUGGGUUUAAGGUCAAGACCCUGAAAGAUUGUUUUUGAUAUCGAUAUUAUUUCCGUACCGUACAUUUUGAUUGUGUUAUUUUAUUGAAUUUGUAAGAUGUAACUGGGAAAUAAGAUAUGAUUUCAAGGAAAGGUUCUGGAACUUUUUUUUAUGCUUAUUGUUUUUGUGGUCUUAGCUAGUUGUUUUACAGACAAGGCAUAAUUUCUUUGACCUUAUGUUCCGCUUUUCAGUAUUCUUUAAAGCUGUGAGGUGCUGAUCUUCAGCUUGUAUAUUAUUUGGUCUGCCUUGCAUAUAUUAGUCAGACGGUUUUAAUGUGAUGAAUAUAAUAGAAGUAUGUUUUAAUUCAUGAGUCACGUACAGUGGAGUCUGCUUAAACAGAAAUCUGUGGGACCACUGUAUUUUCUUUGGUUUAGGCGAGUAUUUGGUUUAAAGAGGUGGAUCGAAUCAAAUAAAAAAUAUCAGAUUUUAUUUUCAUUUGGUGUACUGCAUGUGGAUUAAAUGUGUUUGGUUUAAGUGGACUCCACUGUUGAUUAUUCUCUUGUUUGUUUACUGAGACCAAGUUCUGACUCUUCUCUCUGUCUACCACAGGAUAGUUUUGUUUGAUCACUUGAGGUGAUUUCUGAAUCCAGGCUAAUGUCUUGCAUUAAUUAAUCAUUUUCUUUGGUACUAUGAACAUGUUUUAACAGACAAGUGAAGAUGGCUCAUAGCUCUAAGUCUGUUGUUAAAUCUUACAGAAAAUCAAAAGGAAUAUCCUUUUUGUAAAGUUUCAAACCCAUUCCUUAUAAAGAGUGCUAGCUGGUUAGUCAAACAAGUAUUUUAGUUUUAGUUUUGUUCCAUUGUUAUAGGUUUUUUUUACCUUUGAAAGUGAGUCCAUAGCAAUUGUACUGAGACUAAAUCUGCUGACAUCAGCGUGUGUAAUGCCCUGAUGAAUUGAGAUUAUCAUUGUCAUCAUUAUCGUCAGCCUUUCUCACCCUGUGCCGGAGUAUAGGCCAACAACAAGAGCUCUCCACCUAAUUCUAUCUUGGGUAAUAGUCUCCACCUCUGUCUAGCUGUAUCCCACCUCCUUUAGGCUCGAGUUUAUGUCUUUCCUCCAAAUACUUUUAGCCCUUCCUCUCUUUCCUAGUGGAUUCUAUCUUAAGGCAAGGUGGAUAAUAUUUGUUUUCACUUUGCUCAGGGUGUAUCUAAUGCACUUCCAUUUUCUCUUACUCCUCAUUUCUAUCUAUUUUCUGUUGAUUUGUUUGCUCCGACUGAUAGGAAUUUAUUAGUGAACUGUGCUCCUGGUGGUUGCUGUUAUUUUGAGAGCUGUGUCUAAAUUUCCUGCUGCCUCGUUUGCUCAAUGUGCAGUAGAGUAUUGGAAUAUAUUUUGUAUUGUGUUAAAAUGGGUUCAAAAUGUGCCGGUCUCUCUUGUUGAAUGCAUUGGCAUGUCUGAGCAUGUUUGAUGUUGAGUAUAUGAUGACACUAUUAACCAGCUUGUUAAUAAUUCGUUUUGCUGUCUUUGAAGUUGUCUAGAAUAUGUCUGGAAGGAUGUUAAACUUCACAAUAAAACAAUAUGUUUUUGCUCA